CCAGAACCGAAAUCAAAAUUGGUAAUUCAGCCUUCAUUUUUUUAUUUUUUAAUUAUUUUCUAAUGAACUUGGCAGGUCCGAAACCGACUGUGGUUCACGAACCUGCCCGUAUAUGUUUACGGACUGGUUCAGGGCCUUCAAAACCGCGGCUCGGAAGGUGUGCGAGGAAGCAGAGGCAGGCGCGGCAUAGGGAAGAAUGUAGUGAGACACUCUCUCUCUCUCUCUUACACACAAAGUAUGUGUACAAGCCUCCUCAGCGCUCAGAUCUCUACUCGGCUUAAAUUAAGCAUUAGAUUUUCUCUAGUUUAGACAAUUAUUUUAUAUGGAAAUCUUGUUCUCAAUUUUUGGAUAGUCAUUAUCUUCACUAGAUUUUCUUGCAUCCGAGAAGCCAAAGAAGGGGAUAUGCUUCCUCUCAGUUUCAUUAUCUUGUAUUGCCUGCUUUUCACUUUGCUCUCCUCCGUUAAUGGGGCAACCAACAUCUUGAAUGUUACUCUUCCUCACCAGCUGCCCAACCCCGAAGCUGUGGUUGAAGAUGUAAAAAGGAGAGUGAAUGAAUCAAUCUGGAGAAGUCGAAGAGUCUUGUCAUCAUCAUCAUCACCACCCAACUCCCAAUCCCAAUCCCAAUGCCUAACCGGAAACCCAAUAGACGACUGUUGGCGCUGUGACACAAACUGGGCCAGUGACCGAACUCGACUCGCUGACUGUGCAGUCGGCUUCGGCCAAUCGGCCGCCGGCGGCAAAAACGGCCGCAUUUACAUCGUCACAGACUCCUCAGACCAUGACACAGUAAACCCCAUUCCCGGCACUCUCCGCCAUGCUGUCAUCCAAGACGAGCCUUUAUGGAUCGUGUUCAAAUCUGACAUGGCAAUCAAGCUAAAACACGAGCUCAUCAUGAAUAGCUACAAGACAAUCGAUGGGCGUGGGGCUUAUGUCCAGAUCACGGGCAAUGGCUGCAUCACUUUGCAGUACGUGAGCAAUGUGAUUAUUCACAAUGUUCGAGUGUACGAUUGCAAACCGUCGGGGAAUACCAAUAUAAGGUCGAGCCCAACUCAUGUUGGGUACAGAGGAAAAUCUGACGGUGAUGGUAUAUCGAUAUUCGGGUCGAAGGAUAUAUGGAUUGACCAUUGUUCUUUGUCUAGCUGUACAGAUGGUUUGGUAGAUAUGAUCAUGGGAUCUACGGGUAUUACUGUUUCGAAUACAUUUUUUUCUCAUCAUAACGAGGUUAUGCUUCUGGGGCAUGACGAUAAGUACUUGCCCGACUCUGGAAUGCAGGUGACGUUGGCUUUUAACCGGUUUGGUGAAGGGUUGGUGCAGAGGAUGCCGAGAGUGAGGAGGGGUUAUGUGCAUGUUGUGAACAAUGAUUUUUACGAGUGGAAAAUGUAUGCGAUUGGAGGAAGCGCGAGCCCGACUGUUUAUAGUGUGGGUAAUCGUUAUACGGCGCCUGCUGAUCCUAGUGCUAAGGAGGUGACGAGACGUGAGGACACGAGCGAAGGGGAGUGGUCGGACUGGAAUUGGAGGACAGAGGGGGAUAUAAUGGUAAAUGGUGCGUUUUUCGUGCCAUCGGGACAAGGGGCAAUUCGGGAGUCUACCGACUCUUCAAGCUUCGAGCCCAAGUCAGCUACACUCAUCGAUCAACUCACCAUGAAUGUCGGGGUUCUUGGGACAAAAAUGUUGGCUCAUAUGGCGAAGGCGGAGAGACGUCGACACCAAGUGGCGGCAAUGACGGUGGGAGCAGUGGUAGUGGUGGCGACUAUUUUGGAAUGAUAUUUGGGAGCGGUGCUCCUCAUAUACCGUUAUUACCUCCAAACAUUAUGUUUUUGUCUGCCCUAAUUGUUAUGAUUUUGUGUAUUACCACUAACCAUGGUGAUUUACAAUGAUAUCUCUCAAUUAUUUUUAUUGUCCUAAAACAAAAUGGAGAGAGAAAGAAAAUUUGAUUAUCUCUACUUGCUUAAUUAGUGUUUUCUUUUUCUUUUUGUCAAAUGUGAAUAAUUAAUAAUGUUAUGUGCAAAAUCUUCUUUAAUCGUUGAUUCCAAACUCCCACUAUAUAUUUGUUGAUGUACUAAAUUUGUUGACCCAAAUUGGGCCAACGAAGAUAGUCGUGAUGCAAUUACUAUAAGGUUCCGUUUGUUUUAAGGGUUUUUACUUAGAGAUUUGAAAUUUAUAGAUUUCAAAUUUACAAGUUCA